AGUCUGCGCCGUUUGGUUAUUUUUUUCCUUCGCGAGGCGUGCUCUGCUUCCGGGCGGUUUGGGUUCGCAUCCCCAGCGGUACCACAUCGAUGCUCCGGCCGGGCGGGAUGGAGGAGUUCGUGACGGAGGAUGAGGAGCCUUGGUACGACCAGCGGGACCUGGAACAAGACCUCCACCUGGCAGCAGAGCUGGGGAAGACUCUUCUGGAACGCAACAAGGAGUUGGAGGACUCGCUGCAGCACAUGUACAUCAUCAACGAGGACCAGGCCCAGGAGAUAGAGUACCUGGCCAAGCAGCUGGAGGUUCUGCGGGACGUCAACGAGCAGCACGCCAAGGUGUACGAGCAGCUGGACGUCACAGCGCGCGCCCUGGAGAUCACCAACGAGAAGCUGCUGCUGGAGAGCAAGGCCUCGCACCAGAAGAUCCACAGGCUGACGGGCACCACGGAGGCGCUGCAGGCCCAGGUGGACGGGCUGUCUGGCCGCGUGGAGGAGCUCCGCACGCUGGAGGAGCUCCGGGUGCGGAGGGAGAAGAAGGAGAGGAGGAAGACCGUCAGCUCCUUCCCCUGCCUGAAGGAGCUGUGCACCGCACCCAGGUACGAGGACGGCUUCCUGGUGGCCCACCCGGGCAGCGUGGACCUGCUGGAGCCCCCCCCCGCCGACCAGGAGCACCGCCGGCUGCAGGACUCCCUCGCCGCGCUGCGGGACAACAUGGCGGCGGAGCGCGGCCGGCGGGAGGGCGCCGAGCGCGACUGCGCCGCCGCGCUGCGGGAGCUGGAGGCCCUGGAGCGCCGGCUCCUGGGGGCCGAGGGCUGCCGGCUCCGCGUCCGCGAGCUGGAGGCGGAGCUAGAGGAGAUGCAGCAGCUGCGGCGCUCGCGGGCCUUCCUGCUGGGCGGGGGGGGGCGGGGCGGCGGCGGCGACCUGGAGCACGCCCUCCUCGCCAACACGCCCGAGACGGACACGCCCGAGGAGGCGGAGCCGGAGGGGGGGGGCGGGGCCGCGCGGGGGGGGGAGGGGCCCGUCAGGAAGAGCUGCAGCGACACGGCGCUCAACGCCAUCUCGGGCCGGGAGGAGGGGGGGGCGGGGCGGCGGGGGGGGGGCGGCGGCUACGUGGCGCGCGGCCGGCGGGGGAUGUCCAUCCUGAGCGAGGUGGACGAGCAGUACCACGCCCUGCUGGAGAAGUACGAGGAGCUGCUGGGCAAGUGCCGGCGCCACGAGGAGGGGCUCUGCCACGCCGGGGUGCAGACCUCCCGCCCCGUGUCCCGGGACCCCUCCGUCAAGGACUACAGCCUGGGGGGCUCCGGGGGCGCGGAGGGCGGGGCCUGCGCCGGGCCCCCCUCGCCCCCCUCCACCCCCGAGGCCCUGGAGGGGCUGAGCCGGCAGGUGGAGCAGGUGGACAAGCGUCUGGGGCAGAACGCGCCCGAGUACAAGACGCUCUUCAAGGAGAUCUUCUCCCGCCUGCAGAAGACCAAGGUCCACAUAAACUCCUCCCACAAGGGCCGCAAGCGCGCCAAGUGAGAGGCGGGCCGGGACGGAGCUCCUCCCCCCGGGGGACGGUCGCCGCGCCAACGGAGCUCCCAUCCUCCUCGGUCGCCACGCCAACGGAGCUCCCAUCCCCAUCCUGGUCGACGGCCUCCAUGCCGACGCAGCUCCCACCGUCGCCACGCCAACGUGCGGUCCUGGGAGGUCCCUCAGCGUCGGGGCGUCUUACAGCGCUGCGGCCCUGGGCCCCCCCCUCGCCCCCCCUCAGCGUUAACGAUGCUGCUCGUUUGCUUGCCCGUUGGUUUAAUUGUUUGGUCGUGUUUUAAGAUUAACCCGAUGGUACCCUGAGCGAAACCCAGGUUACACGAUGGCUGAUUGUGAUUGGUUCUAAGUGGCUGCCUGUCACACCAAAGACAGGGCCGUUCCAAAGGUCUGUGUGUUGUGUCGUGAUUGGUUAGAAAUGAAGGGAUGUUUACCGGUAUCUGCACUUGCUCAUUUCUAAUUCCUCUAAAAUGAAAAUGCGCCAAAUCCCGUCUCACUGCUGUAAAAAGUGAGAUGCUUUGUUUGAGCUCCUGUCAAAACUAAAGCACUGCGACUAACACUGGAAAUACUCUGACACAAGCGCUGGCCUCCUGCCACGAAUGAGGACCCGUUUGUGAUGUGGUUCACUGACUGAGUGACACUACGGAGGAAGAGUUUCCCUUACUGCCCUCUCUCAGUGGCUGUCCAGAUACUGGGCUAGAAAAUAUAAUGAUUGAAAGUUGCUAGUUUGUUCCACAACAGCAAAAUAAUCCCACGCUCCACAUUGACCUCUACAUGAGCAGGUGUUAACCACACGGAGCACACUGACCUCGCUGCGCUACAGUCACUGCCACACAGCAGGCCUGUCAUUGGCUGCUUGGACCCUGGACCGACGUUGUGGCGAUGUCCAUGAGUUUGUGCGGUGGCGGCUGGUUUAACCUGUAGCCCACCGAUUGGUCGAUGCACAACAGGUUGAACCAGCGGUCCGUCAGCCAAUCAGAGGACUGCCAUCUCCAACACAACAUGGCCUACCACUCACUCCUCCCCCAACGGAGACCCGAGCCAAUGCGCCAUGGCAACAGAGGUGGGUUUCCCCACCCAGCAUGCAAUACUGCGUCAGGGAAGCUGACUCAACCCGAUGUCCUGAGUGUCGUCCAAUGAGAAACCUCAAUUUUGUCAGCUGGGAGGUUCUGUUGUAAAAGGCCAAACAUUGUUUGAUUAAAGCAUACGUCGAA